AUGAAGUUCUGUAUCCUCCUGGGCGCCGUCUCUCUUGCUGGCUAUGCAUCUGCCUUUUGGGGCCAGAUGGCUGCUAGUGACUAUGAAAAUGACAAUGGCCAGACAACCAUACAUCAGAUCAUCACUUUGACCGACUACAACACUGGGUCUAUCUAUACGGGUCUUUUGCCGGGGGGAUUCAACGGUUGUGUGGCUUCUCACUGCGCAGUCACUUUUGGUGAAGCUUAUGGCAAUGGAUUCUACAAGUUUAAGGCUUCCAUGUGGAAGACCAAUGACGGAUGUCACAAUAUCGAUUUCCAAGGCGCUUUGGAUGCUGGCCAUGGGUAUUGCUGUGGUUCGCUUCCAUGUGACCUUAGUGCUUAG